AUCCUUGGAUUUGAUGGCUCAAGUUAUUUUGUUAAAAAUCUUAAAUGGGCCAUUGGGUUGCUAACAGGAGCUAUUGUUAUAUUUGUGAAUCUGUCUAUGUUUGAUGCCUUAUGCUAUAUCUCUACAGCUUUCUAUCCAUAUAUUUGUGGAAGGCUUUUAUUCAGGGAUCAACUACAAGAAUAUGACAUGAAAACUCCGUGCUCAUAUUUUGAUGGAAUUCAGAGAUUUCUGAGUGGUUAUAUUAUUCUUGGACUAACUUUUUACUGUCUAAACUACAUCUUUUUCAAAUGUGGACUCCUCUUUUUGAGUUGGUGUUUAGGCUUGGGCUGUGUAGCUGUAAAAGUUUUCCUUCUGGUUGUGUUAGAUGCUAUACUAUUUCCAGUAUUCUGUGGAUUUUGGCUGGAUAUAUGCACAAUGACUAUAUUUGACAGAACAGCUCAGGAUCUUGAGGAUAAUUUCAAGUCUUCCCCCACAAUGUUUCUGAUAUUUUAUUGGGUAAUGGGUUUCACUGUGAUUUAUGUCUGCUCUUGUGUCAUCUUACUGCUGCGUGAUGUCUUUCGCCCUGGAUUUUUUUGGUUCUUUCCUCAUUUGUAUGACCAGGAAUUCAGUGCAGUACGUAAUUUGAUUGUGACAUCAGUUUUCAAACAAGUGUAUGAUUUCUUCACCUCAUUGUUUGUAUAUCUUGCAAUCACAAGUUUGGUGAUCUGGAUCCCAUCUUUGAUUUUGUCAGAAUAUUUUCCAAAAUUCUUACCUUACAACAUGCAGCUUUCCAGUGAGUUAAUUGUCAGUGAUCUUUCACUGGAGGUUGUGAUCCUGCAGGUGUUGCUUCCAUUAAUGUUUGAUAUAGAAAUUCCCUGUCAACUUUUGAAAUGUUUCAUCACAGGCUGGUUUUCUUAUGUGUCAAGUCUUCUUGGUAUUCAUUCCUAUUUCUUUGGAACAAGUAUUGAGCAGGUACAAAAUAAGGAUGAACAAGAAUGGAAACUAAUCAAGCAACAAACACCAGAAGGUUCCAGUGCUCAAAAAUAUAAAUUAGCUUCGUUUUUAUCAUUCAGAAUUCUCCUACUUCUGGCAAUGGCAUGCCUUAGCAUGGUUCUUGGAGGUUUAGCAAUUUUGGUCAUUCCUGUGCUGUUGGGACGUGUAGUUCUUCGUGUGCUGUUUGAAAAACCUGACAUCCAUGAUGCAUACACUAUCACCUGUGGUCUGUCUGUUAUAUGGUUGAGCUUCAGGCUAAUUAUUUUUCUGUCUACAACUUUCCAGAAUUAUCCCCAGUGGAAUCUCUUUACAAAGAAAGUUAAAAAUUGGCUGGCUGUUGUUUGUAAAUCAGUUGUUGGAAUCUUCCUGUUAGUGGGUGUCAUACCCUUGCUGUUGGGCCUUUUUUUUGACCUAGCUUUCAUUGUCCCAUUGAAGAUACCUGAUAAUGAAACACCAGUGCUUUAUGUAUGGCAGGAUUGGGUCAUUGGAGUUUUACAGGUAAAGCUGUUGGCUAUCGUUGUACUUGCAAGACCUGACUGGUGGUUAGCAGAUAUUAUUGAAAAGAUACACAGUGAUGGAUUUAAACAAGUUAGUCUUAGAACAAUUUGUAUGAAUGUGGCCCUACCGGCUGUUUUACUUCUGGUGUUGGCUUUGAUACUUCCUUUUGGUGUGUCUUCUUAUUUCGCUCUUCAUUUUGAACUCAGCUAUGAAAUGCAACACAGGAUAGUGAGAAAAUUCUACCCAGUUGUAUUUACUGGUGUUUUAGUUUCUUUGGGAAUUUUUUAUUUGAUAAAGAGUAUAAGCAGGAUAUAUGAAAAAUGGAUUAAUGAGAGGUAUUUGAUUGGUCACUACUUAACCAAUUAUGUAAGAGAGAAUGAUCAUUCUAAUCACCAAGAGAAUCUGGAAAGUCAAGAUACCUAAGAAUGUAAAUAGAACCCUGAAAAUACUGGAAUGGUAGACAGAAAACCAGAUAAAAAUCGAUAAGAACCGAGCUUCCACUGAAAAAAUCCGGGAAUUUUUCGGUAAAAUUCGAAAUAAACCGGACGUGCAGAA